CAAUGAAAGUUGCUCGAUAAUGGUAGAUUAAUGAUUAAAAGGCAGAGAAAAAUGGAUUACAUAAAGCAAUUUAUUGGGUAAAAAGUUAAACAAAGAAUGAAGAUGGAACAUAAAAAUAAGAGAGAUGGGUGGCUGAUUAAAAAUAUGUAGGUGAUUGGAAUCAAAAUAAAAAAUGUGGGUUUGGUGUAUAAUAUUAUGGAAAUGGUGAUAAAUAUGAAGGUGGAUGGUUUGAUAAUUAAAGAAAUGGAUAAGGUACAUAUUGGGUGAGUGAAGGAAAGAAUAAGUAUAAACAUUCAAUUUUAUGAUUUUAGAAUGAGAAGAGAAUAUACAGGUGAUUGGGUGAAUGAUAAGAAAACAGGAAAAGGAACUAUGUUUUAUUAGAAUGGAAAUAGAUAUGAUGGUGUAUGGUAAGAUGAUAAAUCUCAUGGAGAAGGACGUAUGAUUUAUGCAAAUGGUGAUGUCUAUGAAGGAUCAUGGUUUAAGGGUUUAAGAAGUGGUUAUGGAGUAUUAACUAAAAGAAAUGGUGAUCAUUUUGAAGGUUAUUGGGUAAAUGAUAAAAGAGUAAUUAUUAUAUAUAUUAUUAUUUAUAUAGGAAGGUCAAGGAUCUUACUUCUUUGCUACUAAGAAUCAAGUAUUUGUUGGAGAAUGGGUAGAUGAUAUGCCCAAAACUGGAGUAUAUUCUGAAGUAGAGGAUCCUUAUACAGUGAAAGAGGAAAGAGAAAAGCAUUUCAUGGAUCCUUAUGUGUUGCCAGAUAUUCCUAAAGUUGAAUUACAAGAUCCUACAAAUGUUCUUAAAGAUUCAAUGGAAUUGGCUAGAAAGGAGAGAAUCAUUUAUAGAGCUAUACAUAUUCCAUUAGAUGAGAUGUAUUCUAAAUAAGAGAUGGAAGACUUGGCUUUAUAAUUUGAGUCUGCCUCUAAUUAGGAACAUAAAAUUACUUUAAUUAAUAGCAAAGCCAUAUUUUAGAGCAUGGGUUUUGAUAUUGAAGGUAAUCAUAUACAUAGAGUUAUUUUUUUAGAAAAAUUACUUCAAAGUUAUUUAAAACAUUUGCAAUAAGACAAGUACAAUGAAUUUGAGAUAGAAUUGGAAACAUUUAUGAGAUUAGUAGCAAUUAUAUUAGAAAGUCAAGGGUUUGAUUAAUCAGAUAUUAAUAUUUGA